CGUACAACUCUGAAGUGGAAAAGAGAGACUGAGAAAGUCUGUGUCUUUGGUGAAAGGAAAGACGAGAAAAGAGAUCGAGGAGGAUGCGCGGCUUAACGGUGUCGUUCUGGGCGCUGACGUCAGCAGCAGCUAUAUUGGGGGCGGCAGUGUCGUCGUCGUCGUCGUCGUCGUGGGCGGCUGACGGGACGGUGCUGGAGCUGGACGAUUCCAACUUCGAAUCGGCAAUUUCAGCGCUGGACUUGGUCUUGGUGGACUUCCACGCCCCCUGGUGCGGCCACUGCAAGCGUCUCUCUCCUGAGUUGGAUGCGGCUGCGCCGAAGCUUGCUUCAUUGAAGAACCCAAUUGUGAUCGCAAAAGUUAAUGCUGACAAGUAUACAUCUCUAGCUCGCAAAUAUGGAGUCGAUGGAUAUCCUACGCUGAAGCUCUUUAUACAUGGUGUCCCCCAAGAGUAUAACGGGCCGAGGAAAGCCGAUUUGCUUGUUAGUUAUCUCAAGAAAUUUGCAGCUCCCGAUGUUACCCUACUUGAUUCAGACUCUGCUGUUGCUGAUUUUGUUGGAGCAGCAGGCACAUUCUUCCCUAUUUAUGUUGGUUUUGGCUUAGAUGAGUCCGUGAUAUCUGAGUUGGGAUUGAAGUACAAAAGGAAGGCCUGGUUUUCUGUUGCAAAGGAUUUCUCGGAGGAUCUAAUGAUGUUGUAUGAUUUUGACAAGGUUCCUGCCUUGGUAUCCCUUCAUCCAAGUUACGAUGAGCGCCACGUCUUUUACGGCCCCUUUGAAGAGGAAUUUUUGGAAGAUUUCAUAAAACAAAGUUUGUUACCUUUGGCCAUACCCAUCAACUAUGACACAUUAAAAUCAUUGGACGAUGAUGAAAGAAAAAUUGUGUUGACAAUUGUGGAGGAUGAGGAUGAAGAGAAGUCAAAGAACUUGAUCAAGAUUUUGAAAUCUGCUGCAUCCGCUAAUCGAGACCUUGUAUUUGGUUAUGUCGGGAUCAAACAAUGGGAAGAUUUUGCUGAAACAUUCGGAGCGAACAAGAAGACAAAAUUACCAAAAAUGGUUGUUUGGGAUCGAAUGGAGGAGUACUUAACAGUCAACGGCUCAGAAAGCAUUGACGGGGAAGAUCAGGCAUCUCAAGUCUCACAGUUUCUUGAAGGAUAUAAGGAAGGAAGAACGAUUAAAGAAAAAGUUGGUGGCAGUGUGUCGCUUACUGCCUUUAUAUCUUCAUUUAUUGGGAUUGGAACUGUGUAUAUAUUAGUUUUUGUGGUAGCGACGAUAAUUCUUAUUAGAAAAGCCACUGAGGAAGAACCUCUCAGGGUUGGUAGGGGAGAUAAGGUUGAUCAUGCUACAAGCUCUACUGCCGAGGCUGAAAGCAGUGAGCAUAAAGCUGGAGAAAAGGAAGAUUAGAGUUGUUUUUUGUGGUUCAUUUAUUCACAUCUGAUUGGGUACUGUCAAAAUCUGAUCUAUGAGAAUUAAUUCUGAGUGUGCCUAAAUCAGUAUGGAGUGAAAUGUCCAUGAUUUUGUAGAGAAUGAUGUAUUCCUCUGCACUCUGAUGUGUUUAUUUCAUAAGCAGACUUUUUUUUUC